AUGGACAGCGUUUUCAACCUUCAAGAUCAUGUUAUCCAUGACAAGCGAAAGGAGCAGAUCUCCACCGCCUACAACAUCACCGGACGGGAGGUCGACCUCAUUGAGCCAGGCAUCGACGAGCAAAUCCUGGUGAUGCUGGACGCACUGCGCACGAAAUACGUCGCCAAGCACGAGAAACCCAGCCCGCCACUGCUCGACUUCUCCGACUUCUCGUCCUUCCUGACCAUGGAUGUCAUCACUCGGGCGGCCUUUGGAGAAGAGUUUGGGCACCUGAGGAGCGAUUCGGACGUCACCGGCUUCCUUACUCACCUGCGAGAGCAGUGGCCCAUGGUCUCCCUGGUGAACGAGACUCCGUUCCUCCGCAGCUUCUUCUACUCCAAGACGUACCUCAGGUUUCUUGGGCCUAACAUCACAGACCCGAAUGGGCUCGGAAAGCUCAUGUCGGGUGUGGUGAGAAUUGUGCAUCAGCGGUAUGCCAAGCCAGAGACUCAGUUGCGAAAUGACAUGCUUGGAUCGUGGAUACACAAUGGCCUCACCCAGCAAGAGAGCGCGGCGGAGGGCAUGUUGUCUCUUGUCGCCGGCUCCGAGAAAAUUGCCUCAGUCAUGAGGAUCACUUUCCUGUGUCUCGUGUCAAGUCCCCCAAUCUAUUACAAAUUGAAGGCCGUCGUGAAGGAAGCCGUCAGCAGUGGUGCAGUUACCGAGCCAAUUUCUUACGAAGUGGCCAAGGAAAUUCCCUACCUGAGAUCCCUGACCGAGUCGCAACAACAGGCCGUGGUGUACGAGGGCAUGCGCAUGCGACCAGGCACCGUAGGCACGUUCCCAAAGAUCGUUCCGCCCCAGGGUGAGGUGGUUCAAGGAAAGUUCAUCCCUGGCGGCACGGUCGUGGGCAUGAACGUCCCUGCCAUGCUCCGCUCAGCAGAGAUUUUUGGCUCUGACGCACACAUCUUCCGGCCCGAGCGAUGGCUCGAGGCCCCAGAGGCCAAACGGGGGGAGAUGGAGCGCCAGGUUGAAAUGAUGUUUGGUCACGGGCGAUGGAUGUGCGUGGGCAAGCCUGUCGCUUUCAUGGAACUAUUCAAAACUUUCUUCGAGUUAUUCCGCCAUUUCGACUUUACCAUUGCUUAUCCAGCCAAGCCUUGGAAUUCAAGGUGCUACAAUGUCUUCGUCGAGGACAACAUGUGGAUCCAAGUAACAGAGGCAGCUUAG